GAUUGGCUCGCCCCAAGGGAGCGUGCGUCGUGUGUGCGUCGUGCUUUGUCGGUGCGACACCAAGCAGUCCGGAGAUGAAAAAUCUCUUGUCAAGCUGGCUCGGAUCUGAGGCCCGACGAUUGCAUUGAGUGCUCCUCUCUCAUUAUACAUUUCUCCGUGUUGGACUUAAAGCAGCCCAGCACCAAUCGCAUGCACCCGUCGCCGGCAUCCGUAGCAUUCGCUUCGCCCCGGUGGUAUCCACAGACUCCUCUAAUAGAGUUUACCCAGCAGACCCUACCGACACAAUGUCCAAGGACACAGCAAUUCUCAUCUUCCGGAUCCUCUCUGGCAUCGCCACAACCUGCAUGGUCUCCAGCCCGUCGCUGCUAAUGUACCGCAUCCACAAGCAGAAGCACGUAGGCGUCGCGUCCGUCUUCCCGCUCGCCGCUUUACUCGCAAACUCACACGUUUGGAUGAUGUAUGGAUAUCUCGAGGAUAUGUGGUUCCCAGUGUUCUCCUGCUUCUUGUACGGAGAGUGCUGCGCCGUUGUCUUCCUAACCAUCUACACCUACUACUGCGCGGACAAGGGCUACGUGAUCCGCACUCUGUCUGUAUUCUUGACGAUCCUCAGCCUCUUGACAGUCUACGCGAUCGUGGGCGGUCUGGGCUACACUGGCCAGACGACCAAGAGUGUCAGCACCAUCAUCGGCAUUUUCGCCGACUGCGCCGGUAUCAGUCUCUACGGAGCACCCAUGGAGAAGCUCUUCCAAGUGCUCAAGCACAAGACCGCCGUCUUCAUCAACGUGCACAUGGUCUACGCCGGCAUCGCGAACAACAUUGUGUGGCUCACGUACGGCGUCCUCAUCACCAACUGGUUCAUCAUCUUCAUCAACGUGCUAUUCAUCACGGUCAACACGUUCACCAUGUGCCUGUACGUCAAGUACGACCCCAAGACGCACCCGCUGCAGGACGGAUGGGACCGCCCGGACGACGAGGACGACGACCAGCAGAUCUCCGUGACCAUUGAGAUGGCGCCGCAUCUGGAGACCAAGGCGUCCAUGAAAUCCCUUACGAGUCUGCCCAGUCCAGAGUACGCGUGCAUGUCGUCGCCGCUUGGCGAGCUGCGGGGUGCCAGCAAAGAGUAAUCUAGCGAAGUAAAAGCAAUCCGAACUUAACCUCAACGU